AUGUCGUCAGAUCAAGCGAAGAUCGAAUUCCUCACUAUCAUGUCGAAGAAGGAUUCGUUUGGAUCAGCUUUCUUCCCGGUCUCUCAGUACUCAGAUCUUAGCCUGCCUGACAAGUUGUUAAUAGCUAUCAAUCAAAAGGGAGUACACCUCUACAACUGCGAGACCAAAACGUUGAUCACACAG